AUGUCCGAACAACAUGGGUCCCGGACAGCCCCAUCCUAUCCCAUCCCGUCUCGUCGCAUCGUCACUGUCGAGCAUCCGGCGAUUAUCAAGAAUGUCGAUAAAGCCAUCGACACACUCCGGGGUAACACGGGGAUCUCCAAGAUCCUAAACCCCCCAAAAGCCGAUUUCCCGGCUAAUCUCUACCUCCGACCAGAGGAUCCAAUGUCAAGACCUAUCCAAUCAACCAGCUUGCCAUCCAACAACAUCCUCCUGAAGGUGACCGUGCCUAGACGGACCGGUCGUAAGCGUAAGCGAGGAUCAGAUGAGCCGUUCACGGGUGUCCCUGUCUCGACACUUGGCCCUGAGUUUCAGCCUCGUCGCAGUGCAAGGGAGCUCCUGCGGAGCUUGAGCGAUAAUGUGGGCAGAUAUCAGAUUGAGCCGGUCGGUCUGGUGAGCCGUACGCAUGGAUGCCGGACUUUGCUUUUUCGAGUACUGGUAGUUCAUUCUCCAAUCGGUUUCGGGAGCAAAUUCUGCCUUUUGACUGUUUGUUUUGUCCCAUUUUUUGGGUCUAGCGGUAUGGAGACUAAUAACAUCGCAGAUGAGAAGAUGAAGCAAUUCAAUCUAGAUAUGGCCAAAGGCAUGUCAUCAAAUGUCGAUAUCAUCCCACCUCCAUCUUUCAGCCAGGGAGAUAUCCCAUUCACCUACGCUUACCGCCAAAACCAAGCAGUCCGCCAAUCGAUCGACUCAUCAGGCAACAUAACAACAGUCAACACCCAAAAAUCCACAAAAGUCCUAACACACCUAGUCUCCUACGACGUCCCGGAAGUACCCAGCAAACCAAACGAAAACACGCCACCACUAGAAACCCAAGACGCCACCCUCCGAGAAACAGUCGCCAUCAUCCGAGACCUCUUCGACAAGCGCCCAGCCUGGACCCGUCGUGGACUCCGCAACCACCUCAGCACAAUCGAACAGCGAUACGCCCUCCGACUCGCAAUCCCCUACGUAGGCUACAUCAUGCGGUCCGGGCCCUGGCGCGACGCAAUCAUCAAAUUCGGGCACGACCCGCGCACAUCCCCAGACUACCGCCCCUACCAAACCGUCAUGUUCCGGAUCCUGCCCAAGGAAGCGGACGUCGCGCGCGACGGCUACGCGGGACGUCGUCACGCCGUGCCCCGACUCAACGAACCAGUCACAGAUCCCUCUACCGAUCUGAGAUCAAAUACGCAUAUCUUCACAGGCCAGCUGCCGCUGCCGCUCGACGGCCGGAUGUGGAUGUUCUGCGAUAUCACUGACCCUUUGCUAAGGAGUAUCGUGUUUCCGGCGGAGGAGGCACCCGGGUUUAUUCGCGAGACAUGCGAUACAAUCAGCGAUGGGUGGUAUGGGAGUGGGACGCUCGCGAAACUGAAACUGAUCAUGCGUCAUAAGAUCCUCGGGCUCAUUGAGGAGAGGAUCCCCGAUGAUCAGGAUUUUGCGCGGAUUUUGAGUUUCCCAGAUUAUGCGACGCCGGAGAAUGUGAAUACGGCGUUCACGCUGGAUGCUAGCGUUGUGUCGACUAAGGAGUUGACAAUGGCGACGGAGAUUAGGGCGAUGAUUAAGGGAACGCCAUCGUGGAGGGAGUCGACGAACCAGGGACAGGAGCAGGAUGCGACAGGGAAGCGUGGGAAGAGUGCUACGGGUCGGCGAGUGCAGUGGCGGGAUGCAACGGGCGAGGAGGAGAGUGAGGGCGAAGAGGAGGCUAUUGAGAAGCAGGAGAUUUUGGAAGCAGCUGUGGAGGAGGUUAUGGAAGCAGCUACAAGUGGUGUGGAUGAAGACGGAAAUGACGAUACGGGAGAAUCAGACGGGGGAGAGGAGAUCGAGGAAUCGAGACCUCGGCGCAAGUCAGGAAGUCGGCGGUGA